AGAGUGAGACCCUGUCUCAAAAAACAAACAAAAAAAAAAACAAAAAAACCACACCUGGUGCAACUCAGGUGUGUUCCAUGCAACCUCCCAGAACUCCCCAGCAGGAUAACAUACUAGUUGCCCACAAUGGCAACCUGCUCAUGAAUGCACAUUUUGAUUUCCCUCCCGUCCUCAUCUCACAUCCUCACUCCCCUCCUGGUGCCUCCUGGGGUCACCUCCUAAUUGAGUACUUGUUCUCAAAUCCCUGUCUCAGGGUCUGCUGCUGGAAAGCCCAAUCCAAAAGAGCGUGUAAAGUGCCUGACAGAAAGAGGACACUUGAUAAAUGCUAGCCAGCUCACUAGUGUGAAAGUGUCAUGAAGGCAGAAGUCAUCCAUUUGAAUAUGACUGUCUCCCCAGGUCCAGGUGCUGGCACAGAGGUGGCACCUAAUACACAUGUAUUGAAGAAAUCAAUAGACAUGCUCCUCCCACCACCCUGUCCUUUCCCUCCCUCCCUUUCCCUAGUCUCACUCUCAUUUCCCCCAGUCCCACAUUUUCUUUCCUAGUGCUCUUUUUCUCCUCUCAUGGAGGAAGGAUGCUCUGGGCCCAAAUACCCCUUUGCUGUCCCAAAAGUUCCACUCUGGAAAUGAGCCCUCCCGCAGCAUUGUGACAUCACUGUGCACUAGCCAAUGGCUGCCUGCCUAAGCUGGGUCCCUGGUCUCCUGGGACUAUUAGCCCUCUGUUGAUAGGGAGAAGCCAACAUCUCCUGCAGGACCCCCUAAUCUUCAGGGCAGCUCCCAGAGCAUGGAUCCCUCCUGAUUCCACUCAGCCCGAUGUUCCUCACCGUCAAGCUGCUCCUGGGCCAGAGUCUGAAGGUGUCAGGGCAAGAGAGUGUAGCCACGCUGAAGAGACUGGUGUCCAGGCAGCUGAAGGUGCCUGAGGAGCAGCAGCACCUGCUUUUCCGUGGCCAGCUCCUGGAGGAUGACAAGCACCUCUCUGACUACUGCAUUGGGCCCAAUGCCUCUAUCAAUGUCAUCAUGCAGCCCUUGGAGAAGAUGGCGCUAAAGGAGGCCCACCAGCCCCAGCCCCAGCCCCUGUGGCACCGGCUGGGACUGGUCCUAGCUAAACACUUUGAACCACAGGAUGCCAAGGCCGUGCUGCAGCUGCUAAGGCAGGAGCACGAGGAGCGCCUGCAGAAGAUAAGCCUGGAGCACCUGGAGCAGCUGGCCCAGUACCUCCUGGCAGAGGAGCCUCACGUGGAGCCAGCUGGAGAGAGGGAGCUUGAGGCGAAGGCACGGCCUCAGAGCUCCUGUGACAUGGAGGAGAAGGAGGAGGCAGCAGCUGAUCAGUAAACGGGCCAUCCUACCCAUUUGCAUGCUUAAA